AUGGAUGAUUCCAAAGAGAAUAAAGGUGCCAAAAUGGUUGUCAACAUCAAGCCCGAGUUCCAAAAGUACGAAGAGCACAUCCUCCAAAAUCCGAACUCGUUGAUGCCAUGGGUGAACUACAUCAGUCACAUGAGAAAACAAAAGUUGAAAUGGAGAAAAAUCGUCGUUUUAUACGAGCGAGCUAUUCAAGUCUUUCCUCGAAGUUAUAAGCUGUGGUACGAGUAUUUGCGCUUUUGGAGAAAACACAUCUUCCGCAAGGGCCCAUUAAACCCGGCAUACGGAGAAUUGUGCGAUGCCUACGAACGGUGUUUGGUUCAAUUGCCCAAGAUGCCACGUAUCUGGAUUCAAUACUGUACAAUUAUGACACAACGUCAGCUCGUCACCGAAACAAGACGUGUCUUUGAUCGCGCGCUGAAGACGUUACCUGUCACUCAGCACAUGCGCAUUUGGCCGCUCUACAUUCAAUUCAUUGAGGGACACGAUAUUCCGGAUACAGGAAUUCGAGUUUUUAAGAGAUACAUGAAAAUCAAUCCACAAGGACGGGAGGAGUUUAUUGAUUACUUGAUGAAGUAUCAACAGUUUGACGAGGCUGCUCUACAAAUAACCGCUUUGAUUCAAGAGGAUCGUGCAUUCACCGAGCAGGGCAAAACCGUUCACCAACUUUGGGCCGAUUUGUGCAACAUAAUUUCAGAGCAUCCAAAUAAAAUUCGGUCGUUUGAUGUCGAAGAUGUGAUUCGUAAUGGGAUUUUCCGGUAUUCUGAUCAGGUGGCUUCUCUGUGGUGUGCAUUAGCUGCGAGUUUUGUUCGCCAGGGUCAAUUCGAAAGGGCUCGUGAUAUCUAUGAAGAGGGAAUGGAGAAAGUGACGACCGUUCGCGAUUUUGCCCAAAUUUUCAAUGCCUACACGGCUCUUGAGGACAGUCAAAUCAAAAGUUAUUCAACUAAUCUCGAGGAAAAGGGCGCUUCAGAAGAAGAGUGGAACGAGCUCUUUUGGAUGAUGGAAAGAUACGAGCAUCUUCUUUCUCGACGCCCAUUGCUUGUGAACAGUGUGAUGCUUCGGCAAAAUCCACAUAAUACCCACGAAUGGCUAAAUCGAGUGCAAUUGUAUGAGGGCCAUAAAGAUGCAACGCAUAAGCAACUUGAGACAUUCCAAGCGGCGGUCAAGCGAAUUGAUGCCAAGAAGCAAAUUGGUCGGUUGAGCGAUGUAUGGAUAGCUUUCGCCAAAUUCUAUGAAACACAUGGGCAACUUGCUGAUGCUUGUCGAAUCUUCGAAAUUGCCGUCAAAGUUCCGCUUCGAAAAGUCGACGAGUUGGCCAAUGUUUGGUGUGAAUAUGCCGAGCUACAGUUGAGGAAAAAGGAUGUUAAUGCUGCAUUCGCGGUUCUUCGACGAGCUUGCGCCCAACCGCCAUCAAGACCCGACUUCUUUGACGAAAAUGAACCCGUGCAGAAUCGUGUGUACAAAAGUUUACGUUUAUGGACGUUUUAUGUGGAUUUAACGGAGUCGAUUGGAACUUUCACUCAAACAAAAGAAGUUUACUCGAGGAUCUUGGAUCUCGGCAUUCCCACUCCACAAAUCGUCAUCAACUAUGCAAAGUUUUUGGAAGAACACGAGUAUUUCGAGAACGCUUUUCAGGUCUACUCUCGAGCCGUCACAAUGUUCCGCUGGCCUCAUGUCAAAGAUAUCUGGAAUGUGUAUUUGGUGAAAUUUAUGAAACGCUAUGGUGAGAAGAAAAUUGAGCGUGCUCGGGAUCUUUUCGAGGAAUGUUUGGAAAGUUGUCCGGCUAAUUGUUCAAAGAAUGUCUUCUUAUUGUACGCUAAAUUGGAAGAGGAAUAUGGUCUGGCAAGGCACGCGAUGGGUAUCUAUAACAGAGCGUGUGAAGCUGUCGACAAAGAAGACAAGGCGGCGAUGUUCAAUAUCUACUUGAAAAAGGCGACGGAUAUUUACGGAGUUACAUCAACACGUCCAAUCUACGAGCGAGCCAUCGAGAUGCUACCCGAGAAGAAGAGCCGAGAAUUCUCAGUGCGCUAUGCUAACAUGGAAAGAGCUUUGGGUGAAAUCGAUCGAGCUCGUGCCAUCUACACACAUUGCGCCGAAGUUUGCGAUCCAAGGGUGUACAGUCAAUUCUGGGAUCAAUGGCGUGAAUUCGAGCUCAAACACGGCAAUGAGGACACGAUGAGAGAAUUGAUGAGGAUCAAGCGUUCGAUCAUGACCGCCUACGAUGUACAAGACACAGCCAUUGCUGCUCAAGCAAUGGCGGUCGCUGGGACUCAGAAAGGCGAAAUGGGAACAUUUGAGUUGUUGGAUAAGAAGGCAAGAGAGAUGGCCUCCGAUUUGCAUGGAACUGGAACGGUUCAAUUUGUACGAGGAGAAAGCAAGGUACACGUUGCCUCAACAACACACAACCCAGAAGAAAUCGCGGUCGAUGAUGACGAUGAUGAUGAUGAUGAGUCAGAAGAUGAACCUGAGAUUCGUGAAGUGCCGGAAACUGUCUUUGGAGAACUCGCCGCGGCUCCUGAAGAG